AUGGUCCGAUUUCACAAGUCGAUAGCUCUUCCUGGCUCGGCAGACCCAUUAGAAGCCACCGUCGCGUUGCUAAACAGCUACCGAGACGACGACUACUACGCAUACGAGCACGGCGAUACCUGGUAUAUAGGCUUGCGGAGUCAUGCUUCCCUGGUCGUUGACCCGGACGGCAGGGCAGUGACUCGGUUCGACCAGCACGGGGGGCAGCAGACUUAUCCAGCCAAUGAACCGCUGGGCGAUAUUGCGAGAGCCUUUGCCGCCGAACACUCAACCCGCGGCAAGAUGUUUGGCCAGGUCGGAUUCAAUUACUCGGCUCACAUCUCUGGCCAGGCAUACAUUCCCGGCCGGUGGCCUAUGCUGAGUCUGAUGACACCUUGUAUCCACGCCGCCAUUUCUCGCAGCAGAGUCACCGUCACAGGUGAUGUAGAAGACGAGGCUCGGGCGGUAUUUGAUCUCAUCGGUGCCCACCUGAUCCAAGUCGCCACCAGCCCGGCCCCGUCCUGGUGGUAUCCGGCCAUUAAUCUCCAGGCCGACUCGGAAGACUACAAGGCCCGGGUGACGAGGGCAAUAGCCGACAUCCAAGACGGCAAAUACACAAAGGCCAUAGCGUCCCGCAUAAUACGCCUCCCGAGCAGGGUGGACAUGCUCGCUACCCUCCUCCGUGGUCGCCGGGCAAACACCCCGGCGCGCGCCUUUACACUCAGCCACCGGGGAGUCCAAGCAACGGGCUUCAGCCCCGAGAUUGUGCUUUCGAUAGACAACCAGACUGCCUACACAGAUGCCCUGGCCGGCACCUGGCUAUCCGAUGGAGCAGACGUUGCAACCAUCAGCAAAAAGCUGCUCAAUGACCCCAAGGAAGUCAUGGAACAUGCUAUUGCGGUGCAAGGAUCAAUCAGAAGGCUACGACGUCUAUGUUUGCCAGAGAGCAUCGCCGUUAGGGACUUUAUGACGACUAUACCCCGCGGCAACGUGCAUCAUAUAUUCUCUCGCAUCACCGGGCAACUAUCACUCUGCAAAACCGGCUGGGACUCUAUCCGUUCCAACAUCACGGUACCGGGUCUCCCGACGCAGGCAAACAUGGAUGCCAUUCGAUCAUUUGAGCCGUAUCCUAGAGAUCUCUAUUGCGGGGUUGUGCUUAUGCUGGACGGCGCCGAGUUUUUCGAAGCGACACUUGUCCUCCGCACCGUAUUUCAGGAUCAAAAUCGUCGGUGGCUGCAGGCUGGGGCUGGGAUUACGGCCUUGUCUGAUCCCGAGCGUGAGUUUAUGGAAACGUGCGAGAAACUCGGCAGUAUUGCUCCCUAUGUGGUGGCAGAGGGUGUGAAGCAGCAAGAAUAG